CAAGGGAAACUUUCUGGUAAGAAUAUAGUCUUAUUGUUUUGACACAAUGGAAUGGACACCAAUAUUUCAGAGCCAAGCAUCGCCAUACACACAAGGAGACAACUGGCAGCUGCUGUUUGAUGACACUAUUGUAGAAGAUCAGACCGCAGGCUGGGAGCAGUACAUCAGGCGAACUGUUGCAAGCUUUAGAUGCAGUCUGUGUAAACGCACCUGGCCUUCCAACCGUGUGACGGUGCUCUUCCACUUUUACCUUGACAAUAACACUCAUCAGGGCACGGUCAAGGUGCGCCGCUACCGCCAAAACUGUAAGAGAUGCACAAAUGCACCAAUGGAGCAGCCGAGAGUGAGAGAUGAAAACGUUGCAAUCCUGAUGGAGAAUCUGGUGAAGAACAUCAGAAAGAAGUGCUACCAUGAGACCUUUGAUGAGGUGCCCAGAGAAUAUAUGGGUGUGGAAGUAGACAGCCCUCAUGAGCCUGCUCACUGUGAGGGCUGCAUCGCUGGAGUCUGUCUUAGAGAUCCCACCAUGCCUAAUGCAGCCAGAGGAAGCGGAUCUGGAAGACGAGGACAUAGAUAAUGAAGAUAGAUGACUCAUGGCUUUGGCUCAUGCGUGUGUUUGGGAGGUCAGCCCAUCUCUGUAUUAAAAGAAACCUGACCAGUCUGGUACAACCAGGUGCAGUAAACAGACUUUGCCCUCUUAAUCUUUGUUUUUUAUUACAUUACAAUAAUGUUUGAAGUGUUUGCAUUAAUUUCAGGGGGGAUUGAGGUUGGUUGUCACAUUUUUUAGGUUCAUUUGAAUAUAUCUUAAAAAUUAAAUUUCAAGAAAGUCUCAGGAAACAAAAUAGUCCACCAAUUGUUCUGUAUUCUGAACAGAACAGAACAUUUUCUCCUGCAACAGCCAACCCCAUGUCUAGGUUGUUUGUCACAAGUGAAAAAGGAAAGGAAAAAGUGUCACACACUGUAAUGCAAAAUGGCACACCUACACACACCCCCACACCCACACACACCCACACCCACACACACACACCUACACC